AUGAGCUCAACGAUGUUGGAUGAUGUAGAUAAUAAUAUGAUGGGCAUCAAGUCUAUCAAUCUAUUCGAACUAUUGAGUGAUGUGGUGAAAGAGGGUGAUAAGACGCGAUUAGUGAUGGCGGGCCCCGAGCAAGUCUUGCCCGAUCUAAUUCGGCAUAUUACUGAUACAAUACCGUUUGAUCUAUUUAUGAAUCUCAAGCAUGAAAUGAAUGAUGCGAAAGACCUCGUUACUAGACUGAAUUGCCUGGGUAAGUUUCUGGAUGAUAAUUUUUUACAGAAACAUAUAUUCCCAUUCACAAUACUUCGGAUAUGCGAACUAUGCUAUGAUCCGUUUAAAUAUUAUAAGAUCAAUGAGUUAGAAAAAUUUGUAAACGCGUUGGAAAAAUGUUGCUUGGUAACUAGCAGUUGGCAGGAACUCGAAAGAACGGAUUUUAUGAAUGGAGAGGAUAGCAAGGAGAAUGAUAUCCAUAUGAUCAAGAAUCAAGAAGACGUUUCGCUUAUGAAAAUAUCAUGGAUGACUGAGGACAGCACCAACGAGCUUGCUCCUUUUAUAAAAGAAAUUGAUUCUAUAAUGAAUGUCAAUUUGGGGUACGAAGAUGAGGAUGAUGAGGAUGAAGACAGUGGUGAUGGAGAAGAGGAAGGUUUUUUUAAUGACGAUGAAGACGGGGAACUGGAUAAUAAGGGCAAGUGUAAUGUCUUGUUGAAGGAUGAAAAUUUCAUUGUGGAAGAAUACUAUGAAGACGAUGGCGACACAAACAAUGCUGAUACUGAUAAGAAGAGGCAAAAUAAAGGUAAUUCUACUGCCAAGGAUAACUGUGAUGAUGAUGAUGGAGAAGGUGAUGAUGAUGAUGAUGACGAUGAUGACGAUGAUUAUCGCGAAGAUGGCGCAGUUGAAGAUGAUGAAGAUGAUGAUCACAUGGGGAGCACGGACGAUGACGAAGACGAUGAAGAAGAUAGACGUGUGGCUGGGAAUGCCAAGGUGCGAAAAUGCGACAAUAAGAAUGAAACUCCAAGGAAGAGAAAACCUACAGAUUUGGAUAACUUUGAGUACGACGAGUCACCCUCGUUCACAGAUAUGGAUCUCACGACACCAAAGAAAUACAAACAUAACACAACGGGCAGGUUCUCUAUAAUAGAAUCGCCAUCUUCUUCGCUCCUCAAUAGUGUGGAUGGAAAUCACGAGAUGUCAUCGAGCCAAGAGGAGGAAAAAGAGGACCUUCACGGAAAUAGUGAGGGGCGGAGUGAGGGACUGUUACAAGACGACAAAUUGGUAAGUCCGUCAAUAAGCUCUUCACAAGAGGAUAAAAUGGUUGCGAUUGCUGGUAUUACCUACCAUGAUAAUAACGGAAGCCCGCUGGGCAAAAAGUCGAGGUGA